CCUCACCAGGACCUUCUACAUCUUUGCUGUCUAUUUCACCCAAAAGUUCAUCCUCAACUGCUUCCGAAAGCGGUGCCCAAUGUCCUACAGUAAACUAUGGCGAAACUUCAUGAUACCAUGGGAUAAAUUCCCAGAGGAACUGAUACAGUCCUUGGAGCGAGGACAACGACCAAGUCCAAGAAUGAGAAGAGAAAUGGUUCGGAUCUUAGUUAGGGAGAUGAUGCAAAAAGGUCCUUGUAUAAGUAGAAGGAAGUGCACUGAAGUUGCCCAAAAGGUUGUGGCGAAAUAUCCACAGUCUUUACAAGAUGUAAUAGAUGGAGAUGUGAUUGGCCCAGUCAAAUGUCUAAUGAGGAAGACUUUCUACAAACAGCGCAAAGAAGUCAACCAGGGAAAAAGUAUUAAAUAUCUCCAGGAUGAGUGGCCCUUUUUGUUCACAGAACUUGGCAUGGAAGUCCACUUCAAAGAACUCACCGGAAUCCGACUUAAGGAAACUUUUACACAAAAUGUAGAUAUGAAGGGGAAACGUCUCCUUAGCUACAUGAAUACAUUUUGUGUAAACAAGAGCAAAUUUUUUUUACAGGCUUUAACAAAGUUGAAAGUGAUGCGGGGUGAACUAAGUGGUUGCUCUGAAGAACUCAAAGAGAUGUUGUUGCUUCUGCUGUCCUACUUUGAUGAAAAGGAAGAUGGAAUGUUUUAUUAUGUGGAGGACACAUGCCUGGCAGAGGAAGUUCAGAUGGACCAAGUUCACUUGACUCCCAUGAUCGUUGUGUGUGGGAGAUAUUCUUUCUCAUCAAGACGAUUCAUGCUGAGUUUGGAUCGACGCAUUGUACACAAUAAUAUUCCCUCGUUUGGUUCUUCUCUGUGCAUGAUGUUUGGGAGCUAUUACUGUUUCAAUAUCCACUACCCAUCCAAGCUUGCAUCAACCCUGGAGUUUCUGUAGAGGUGCUUUUUCUCCAUCAACCCAGAGAAGGGCACUAAAGUUGAGAAGACAAACACAGCCCGUCUUCACGUGGAUCCUAGAGUUCUAACCUUGAUCCAGGAACUUUCAGAUCAUGAGUGGCGUGAUGUCUGAAUAUGCACAGUAAGAUGAACGUGUUCUGUCUGUUUUGCUUGCACAGUUGCAGAGCUAAUUAGGCUUAACAAGACAGUAAGUUAUAAAGUUUUGUUUUUACAAAGUUCUGUAUUGCUGUUGUACUGCCUGCCUACAUUUGUAUCCUAUUUUAGUUGAGAUUUGAAGGUCCCUGACACAGUCCCUUAAACAUUGAGCUUUUUUCUACCAAAAAUCCCUUCUCUUUGUUAUAUUACAAGACUUGCUGUAAGACUUAUGUAAGCUACACUAUAUUGCAAUUUGGAUUGAUAAAAAUAAAUUGAAAAUAUUCUUAUUACUGGAAUUGUUUGUGGUCACAUUAACACUAAAACUAAUGUUUCUCGUGCAUAGUGCAUUGCUUUACAAUGUUAAACGUUCAUUUAAAAGGUAUACACUAUGAACUGUUCUCACACAUUGUGACAUUACUUCAUAGAAGAUUUAAGUAACAUUCAAUCAAUACAUUUUACAAGAAAUGGAAAUAAUAAAUUGCUACUUUAAGUUAUAUUUCCAAUUAAUGCUGCAAAAAACACCAGGAGCUAAAAUUUGCACAAUACAGUAUUAUAAUAAAAACUGUAAAAUAGGGUGGUUUGCAUAAUACUUUUCUGUGAAAUUAAUUGGAAUUUAGUGUACAUUCACCAUUUAAUUUAUGUAAAUCCUACUGACAAUCUUGCUUUUUAAAGCAGCAUGAUUAUGUACAUUUAACAGCAAUGGACAGUAGAAUUUACAGGUUCACAAUGUGUAUUUUGUUGGUAGAAUUUACAGCUUUUGUCUGUAAGCUGUUUUACGGAAAAAAACUGGCAGCUGUGGUUACCAGAA